ACAUCCAGGAUGGGAUAUAAAAUCAAGCUGCUUCUUUUUCUGCUGGUUGUAACAGCUAUGGGGGUUCUACUCAGGUCAGAAUACACCAACUUGCCUCAACUGAUACAUCAAAGCAUAUGGUGCUGUUUUUCUAAAGAUAAUCUGGUGUUCAUUCGUCGAGUUGAGCCAUUUCUGUCUGCAAACAUCAACAUCUCCGAGGAUGCUUUUACUUGGUGGAAGAACAUACAGGAAGAGGAACAUGACUUCACAUACUACAAAGCGACAGUUAAGAAGCUCUUUAAGAUAUUUCCACCAGUUCCCACCUUUGGAAAAUCGAGCACAGGCAGAACCAAGACGUGUGCUGUGGUUGGAAAUUCUGUUAAUCUGAAAGGAUCAGGGUAUGGACCUCUGAUAGACUUAAAUGAUGCAAUCAUAAGAAUGAACUAUGCUCAGAUCCGUGGUUACGAGGCUGAUGUUGGGACUAAAACGACUCAUCAUGUCAUGUAUCCAGAGAGUGCUGUAAACUUAGAUGGCGCCACCCAUCUUCUGCUGCUCCCCUUUAAAAUACAAGACUUGGAGUGGCUCAUCCAGGCUUUUACAACAGGAUUCUAUGGAAA